AUGGCUACCUCGCUGUGUACACCCACCUACAGUCUCAAACUCAAUUCGUACACUUCACAUUCCCACAAAUUAAACGCAAAGUCCUCCGUUCACUAUAGGCGUCGUUUUGACACCGCCACCAGAAUCUGUUGCGCCUCUAAUAAUUUCAACGAUGACAACAACAUCAAACAACAACGACCCCAAUCCGAAGCUAUUCAAGUUUACACGCAAAUCGAGAGGGCAAAUGUCACAUUUGAUUUCAAACACGUGAAGUCGCUUCUUGACUCAAGAGUUUAUGAUGGCUGGUGGGGUUCCCGAGACUGGAUUGAAGUUGAGGGAGCUUGGAUUCUUAAACCAAAAAGCUCCAGACCCAAUUUCGUAGUACAUUUUAUCGGAGGUAUAUUUGUUGGAGCUGCCCCUCAGCUUACUUACCGUUGGUUUCUUGAGCGUCUAUCGGAUAAAUAUGCAGUGCAAAGAUCUGGAAAUGUUCUCAUGGCAUUCAAUAACAAGGAAGCAAGUUCAGCUGUUCCUUUGUUCUCUCCGGUGCUUGUCCCAAUGGCACAAACCAUUGGUCCACUUCUAUCAGAUAUUUUUUCUUCACCAACUCUACGAGUUGGGGUCAGUAUUGCUAUAUAUCUUACUCCAAAAUGGGAGGUUGUUCCGGCAGAGAUGACUUUGAAACAACUAGAAAACGUUAGCCCACCCAUUAUGAAGCAAGUUCUUCCUUUAGUUGAGCAGCUCCCUCCCUUGUACAUGGAUUUGGUUAAGGGAAGAGAAGAGUUUUCUCCAAAGCCUGAGGAAACACGUCGACUUAUAAAAUCAUACUACGGCGUAUCCAGAAAUCUGCUGAUAAAAUUUAAGGAUGAUUUAAUAGAUGAAACUUCAACUCUAGCUCAGGUGCUUAGUUCAGAAUCAGCCAUUAGUUCCGUGCUAGACAUGUCCAUACGCAAGUUGGCUGGAGAUCACGGUCUUCCUUUACAACAGGCCCUACCAGAUGUUCCACCAGCGAUGGCCGAUGCAGUUAAUCGUGGCAGCGAACUUUUGUCAAAUCUUACUGUAGGAACACCAUGGGAGACCGUUGCCAAAGAAGUAGGGAACUCGCUAGGCAUGGAUUCCCGAGUCCUACGUGCUGACGUAUCAAAGGACAUGGAUAUGCUUGUGGAUGUGAUCGCAUCCUGGAUAGCAUCUAAUGCAGGGCCUAAACUUCUUAGGCCAUAA